AUGGAUAGUGCAACCAGUACCGCCGAUCCUCCAAGCAAGACAUUCGCCCUCAUCAUAGGAGCAGGCCCGGUAGGACUGGCAACAGCCAUCUUCCUCGCCCGUUAUGGCCUCCGCAGCGUAGUGCUGGAGCGGCAGAAGGUUCGGACAGACCAGCCGAAAGCCCAUGCGAUAAAUCCUCGGACGAUGGAGAUCUUCCGCCAGGCCGGCAUCUCCACAGAUGCCAUCAGAGUCCUCGGCGCCUCCCCCGCCGACGCCGACGUCGUGCGGUGGGUUGAGUCCCUGGUUGGUAUCGAGUACGGCAACUUCGAAUACGAGCGCCAGGACAAGGGCGUCAAGAGUGUCACCCCGGAGCCGUUCAUGAACAUCGCCCAGCCCAAGCUGGAGGCUGCUCUUCUGCACACUGCUCAGCGCACCGGACUGACCACCGUUUACCGGGGUUGGCAAUGGCAGAGCUGCACCGAGGUGCAAGAUGGCAACACUCACUCUGUGGCCAUCAACCUGGACACGGAGAAGUCGGUCUCGAUAGAGAGCAAGUACCUUCUGGCGUGCAAUGGCGCGCACUCUCGAGCUCGUGUGGCACUGGAUAUCCCAAUGGAGGUCCCAAGCAGCCCGUUUCCAACUGAGAUGACAUAUGUGUCGGUCGAGAUCCGUGCCGAUUGGAGGAAAUACAAGAGCGGAAUGCUAUGGAUCGUCGCGACGGCAAAUGACAUUAAGACUUUUAUUGCCUAUGAUCGUGCGUCGUGUUGGGUUUUCAUGUUUGCGAACAUGGACAACAGCCCCAUUGAGAAGUUCACAUCGGCAUACUGCCGAACGCUCAUCGAUACUGCUGUUGGCGAAAAGACAGAAUAUGAAAUCGUUAGGAUUGUACCGUGGACGGCCCAUCUUCGCAUUGCAUCAUAUUAUCGGUCGAAGAGAUUCCCCAGGGCCUUUCUGCUGGGGGAUGCAGCGCACGUAUUCCCCAACGCCGGUGGGCUUGGACUGAAUACGGGCGUAGCCGAUUCACACAACCUGACCUGGAAGAUCUACACCAUCGAGAGCGGUUGGACAGAGAACGCCGACUCUCUAAUGGAUAGCUACUCGCGCGAGAGGCGGCCCAUAGCCGAGGCGAAUCUCAAGCAGAGUGAUCGAAACCAGUUCGAUGUCAUGGACAUAUCCCGCACUAUAUCAACCACGAUGGGAGCGGAUCCUCAGACACAAUACCAGGAUCCCGAGAAGAGGCGAAAGAUCGUCGACGUCAUCACGAACAAUGUGCACUUAAAAGACCACCUAAACCUACAGAUUGGAUAUGUCUAUGGAUCAGACGAGGAUAUCCCUGCUGGUGGCUGCCACUUCAAGCCCCGAUGUGUCACAGGAGGAAGGCUACCGCAUGGCUGGAUCAGGCGUGAUGGCAAAGUCCAGUCGACCCUGGACUUGGUCAGUGGCUUCACCUUUGUUGUCUUUGCGGCAGCCGACUAUCCAGACUUUCCCAGCGAGCUGAUGGCGCCCAGCGGCAUCCCCGUCACUCCCUUGCAGCUCAACCGCGACAUUUUUGACGACGAUGGAAGCUGGUCCAAGGCGAUAGAUCUCCAAGAAGGUCGGGGUCUGGCGGUAAUCCGGCCUGACCAGCACAUUCUGGGACGGGCCACUACCAUCAGCGAGGUCAACGAGCUUUUGGAAAAGUGUAUGAAGGGGUAG